GGGAUACAUAGACCUAAUGGCAUCUGGCGAUAUACAUUGAAACUCAAAGUCAGGCACGGAAAGCAUUUUGUAGAUGUCAUGUUUUGGGAUGAUGCAGCACGCCAACUGCUUGGAAAGGUUGCUGGGGAUUUUAGUGAACAUUUAGAUACGGAUAAUCGUAGAACAAAAAGCUGUCCUGAGGCAAUAAAUGAAUUGGUUGGACAAGAGUAUCUUUUCAAAAUUAACCGUGCAGAUUCGGUUCCUGGCAGCGCUGGAAGAAUAUACGUCAUAAGUAUGGUUUCACAAAACAAGGAAAAAAUAUAUGAGAUAAAAAAUGCAACAACUGAAGAAUUAAUUGGCGAGAUAAUAUAUAUAGCUAUUCAUACAUGAAUGAAUAUAUUACUUUCCUAUUUUUCCAAUUUCCAUUCAAAAUAAUCACUUAAGAUGAACAGGCUUACAAUUCUGAUGAAGAUGUCGAAUUGCUAUUUGAACUGGACCGACUACUGUAGAUUCAAAUGUGAUUACUUCUUACAACGAGAAGGAUGCACUAAAUACUCCAAAUUCAGUUUUACAACGUAGAAAAUUUGGAGAAGGAACAUAAACUCCUAAUGACGAUGGCUCAACACAAGGAUCGUCUAAUAAGAAACUGAAGUCAGUGAAAAUUGAAAAGCCAUGACAAAUUUUCAGUUAUUCGUUUGACAAGAAUUCUUUGUUUGGUUUUUAUUCUUG